AACGAAAGUGUCGUUUAAAAAAAACGGUCUCGCCAUAAACAGAGAGUAUUUAGUGGAUAUAUUCCGUCUGUAUCUUCGCUUUAGCUUUGCACUUAGUAACAACAAAGCAGCCAUGACAUCUAAAAGUGCCAAAGAGACCAUAGCUGCCAAGUUGGGUUUUAAAUCCAGCAGUCCAGCAUCCAAGGCUGAGGCGGAGCUGGACAAAGUCAGGAAGGAGAACGCUCACCUGAGAAAGAAGAUUGAUGACCUGGCCAAGCGACACAUCAAACCGCCUGACACGGACAAUAACAAGCUGCUGGAGAGGAUUCUUUCCCUUGAGACCUUGCGAGAGAGGAACAACCAGCAGUUGGUGGUUAAAGAGCAGGAGCUGGAAACUCUGAGACAGCAGCUGUCAGCCAAAGGAGGAGAGGUAGUAGCUUCGCUGCAAGCCCAGCUGGAGCAGCGGAGGAAGGAAGCGGAGCAGAGAGAUGCGUUGUUCCAGAGUUUGUCACAGGAGACAGAGAAUUUGAAAAACAAGCUGGCCACUGUCUCUGCCCGAUGUCAGACCCUGGAAACCCAGGUGGUGAAUGGACAGGCACCUCCUGCAGACUUGGCAGUUGUGCAAGAUCAACUGAAAGAUGCUCUGGAGAAGAACCAGCAGUGGCUGGUGUAUGACCAGCAGAGAGAGGCCUAUGUGCAGUCUGUCCUGGCCCAUAUAUCAGAGCUGGAGCAGCAGCUGGCCCAGGCAAAGCAGCAACAAACCAAACAAGAGGCCAAUCCAGAGGCCCAUGCCAACUUGGCAGAUCCAGAAAAGGAAUCUCAGCUGAAAAGCCACCAUGACCGCUUGCUGUCUGGGAUGCAGAAAGAACUGGAGAGCCAAAAAGAGCAGGUUACCAGAACCCAACAGGAGUUCAGUGUCCAGCGGGAGCAGGCCUUGAAAGCUCAGGCUGAGCUGCGCUCUCAGAAGGAGCAGGUCAUGGGGGUUCAAGAGGAGAUGCUGGCCCUACAGAGGAAGUACAAUGACAAGUGCAGCGAGUUGUCGUCCUUUCUGAGGAAGUAUGAGGAGAAGUGCAAAGAGUUGGAGGAGGCAAAGAUGGAUCUGCAGGCAGAACGACUUAGCAACAGACAUGCAGUCUGUGAGGAGAGAAAGGUGUUGUCGGAGCGGGCAGACAGAAUGAGGGUGGAACUGGAGAAUAUGGAUAUCAGAUUGGAAGAGGAGAAGAAGAGAUCUGCUGAACUUCUGCUGCAGGUAAAUAUGCUGCAAAAGUCACUUCUGAGCCAGAAGGAAGAAGAGAGAAGAAUUGCAGCACUGGAGCAACAGAUCCAACUCUCUGCCAAGGACUUUGAGAAUGAAAAAAUUGAUCGUCAGAGCAUGCAGCACCAGUUACAUAAGGUGCUGAGGGAGCUUCGCAAGGCCCGUGAUCAGAUUGCAAAACUGGAAUCUGCUAAGCAGCCAAACGCUCGCUUUUCAGAGCCCAGCUCAUACAAUAGCCUUGAGUUUGAGCGCCUCACUAUUGACGACCCUCUUGGCCCUACAUCCCCGUCUAAAGUCACCAACCUCCUGGAUGAGAGUUUCCUGGAGUGCCCAAAGUGUCGGGCCCCUUAUCCCACCAGUCGUCACAGGGAGCUGCUGACUCACAUCGACUACUGCUUUGCCUAGGCUAGCACAUUAGAGUCUGAGAUGAGUGAUUCCCAGCUUGGGUGUCAGGAGCUCCACUUACCCAACAGGGUAAAAACAGUGGGGUUAAGAAUCACUCUACAAGAUCAUUUGAUUCAUUCAGGAAAUCUGGCUCCUUUGUAUUUGUAUCUGGGUAAAAAUAAAAUGAUGAACAGGCAGUUUUAGACACUGACUCCAUAAAACGUAGCACUGAUGACAGAUGUUUUUUGUUUUUUAAAUCACUGGAGGCUGCUUGCAUCCCAUCCUGUUCUUUUACUGCAAAGUGGCCGGUGCCAGCCAAUAAGUUUGAAAUACCAGCCUAAUUCAGCUGCCGUAAUGAUCAUUUAACACAGAUUUAUAGGACAUUCAUUUAUGUAAAUCAUGGGACAUAUUGUGCAUUAUUUUCCAAGAAGGAUGGGGUCUAUGCUGUCUGUGAAAGGAAAGAAAUGCUGAUUUUUUUAUAACAGCAUUUUGGCUUUUUGUGUUUUUACUACAAGUGUUUGGUUUUGGUUUGGUUUUCUUUUUCACUUAAUACCCAAACAAUUAGAAUACUACUACUUGUCUAGUUUUAAAUUAAAAAAAAAAAAAUUUUUGUCUUUAAUCAAAGGGAUUUGAAUGAUGUUCCUAAUGUGCAAAUCACUCAAAAAUGUCCUCCAGUUCUUCUUGCCAUUAGAAAAUUACUAGACCAAAGAUCUGAUCAUUUACAGGAAAAAGAAUCUUAAUAUUCCUUUCAUAUAAUUAUGUCUGGGGCCUCUCUACAUUUAGAUUUUGCUGUGUGUUAAACUAGUUGUGAAUUCGGGUUUAUUAUUGUGUGUGUGUGUGUAUAUAUAUCACAGUAUUUAUUUUUGCAUUUUUGUUUUUAAUUGGUAAACUACUGUCUCUUUUCAGUGAUUACCGUUUUAUUUUGCUUCAGUAAAGUGAGUAUCACCAGAUGAUGUUUUGCAUUCGUAAUGGCCUUCUUUGUAUCGAGGGAAUAUUGCUAAUGUUAUUUUGCAUAAAAGUUUACAAACCUGCCUAAUACGCUCCAUUGAUAAACAGCUAACAGCUCUUCUGUUGUUCGUGUAAUAUUUUCCUCCAUCAGGUUCUGCUGAAAGCAAAAUGGCCCAUAAGCAGCAGUAAUGCUGUUUCUUUUGAUAAUAUUUAUGUGAAAAUGUUUCAGCUUCUUUCUGACCACCUAAUUAGCUAUAGGUUUUCAAUUAUGUCCCUACUGGUUUUGUUCUGCUGCCACAGUGUUUCUCUGUUUUAACGUGUAAACAGCUGGAUAAAGCUUGCUUAACCAUGACCAAGAUCUUUCUCCAACCCUAACCACAGACUUUUAUUUACCUCAACUGAACCAGACUUAAAAUGUAAUGCAGUGGGGGAGCUUAUCCAGUCACAUGUGGGUGGUUGUUACUGUAUUCUUUCCUGUUCAAGUAAAGCUCACUUUCAUGUCCACCUUGACUUUUCAAGCCUGCAGUCGUUUAAAGCUGGAAUCAGAUUGCAUUGAGUUAAUUCCUUGUACUAAACUAUUUAAGGCAGGGAUUACUAAAGGUCCUCCUGGUAGGGGAAAAGUGGUUAAGAUGUCUAUUCUUGUAGCCUUGGCAAUGUGACUAGGUGACAUGAUAUAAACACUGCUGUGCGUUCUAUAUGUGGGUGUUUUGACUUGGGCUAGGUGUCUUUUAGAAGAUCAGAGAAUCAUAUCCAGCUUUUAUCAAAAAGUUUGCCUUUAAUAAUCCUGUUUUAUUCUAAUUAUGUGCAUCAAAGUAUUUUUGCUCUGAAUUGUACUGUACAAAAA